AUGGAGACAUACACCCAUACCUUCAAAGAAGUCGACGGACUGUCGCUGAAGAUCGACGUCUCUAAGCCCAAAGCUGCUGAUAAUGGACUUGCGCUCGUGCAUUUCCACGGAGGGUAUCUGGUACUACACCUUCUAUCAAGAGCAGAUUCAGUGAAAACAACGAACCCUCCAUACUGGCUCAUAAAUGCCUGCCGCACCCGAGGCUGGACAUACGCAAGCCCCUCCUACCGGCUGCUCCCUGAAGCCCCCGGGCUUGAUAUUCUCAGCGACGCCCUCGACGCAAUCCGCUGGGUCCACAAGCAUAUAAGCAGAAAUAUUAUCAUCGCCGGAUCCAGCGCAGGCGGGUACCUCGCUCUCGCAUCGGCGGCGAAUCCAACCUGUCCAAGGCCACUGGCUGUUCUGUCAAAUUAUGGCUUGCUGGACCCUACGGGGACGAGGUAUGUCAGACCGGGACAGCCUCUGCGUGCACCUGUGAGCGAUCUCCCAGCAACUGUAGGGGAUGUACAGGCAGCCAUGCAAAGUAAGAAAGUGCUUGACGGCUGCCCAUUCCCAACGAACUGGCCGGCGGAUGCGAGACUCAACUGGGUAAAAGCACUACAUGAGGCGGCUAUUUUCCCUGACGUAUUGACCAGGGUUCCUGGACUGGCUCAGCAGAUUUUGCAGUGUGGCGUGGAGGUUAUACCAGCUGAAUACCGGGCGCUCUUUCCCGUAUCGUUUGGCCUGACGAGAAACUUCCCACCAACCAUUCUGCUGCACGGAGAUGCAGAUGAUCUGGUGGGAUUCGAACAGAGCGAGCUUGUCGCGGAGAAAUUGAGGGAGUUAGGUGCUGAUGUGCUUCUGGAGCGAGCGGUAGGGCAGGGGCAUGGGUUCGAGCAUAACGGCUUUAUCGAUCUCGAUACUAGCGACGGAAACGGGGAUAAUAAGGAGAUGCUGGAAUGCCUGCGCCGUGUUGUUGCUGCAUUGGAGAAAGUUUGUACUUCUGCUUGUGGUUGA